GUGGAUGAACCCGUCCCCUAGGCCGCUAGCCGGCAGCGAAUCCGAGAGGCGGCGACAAGGCAAAAAAAAGCAGCGGAGAGAAGGCGAGGCCGAGGCGGAGGAGAAGGCAACGCAACCACCAACCAACCGCGCGUCGAAGCUUCUGGGCCACGCCGCCACAAAAGCCGCCCCCCGACUCGAUGCCUCCCCUCCUCGCCUCACCCGCCUCCACCUCCUCCUCCGUCCUCCUCGCAUCCUGUCGCCUCCGCGCCGGCGGCGGCGUCCAGCGGGGGACGCGGCGGAACUUCCUCGCGCCGAGCAGAGAGAAGAUUGGUGGGGGGAGUUUCCGGGCGAUGAGCUGGCUGGGGAAGCUGGGGCUGGGUGGGCUGGGGGGCAGCCCGCGGGCGUCGGAGGCGUCGGCAGCGCUGGCGCAGGGCCCCGACGAGGACCGCCCGGCGGCGCCCGGGAACGAGUUCGCGCAGUUCGGGGCAGGCUGCUUCUGGGGCGUGGAGCUGGCGUUCCAGCGGGUCCCCGGCGUGACGCGCACCGAGGUGGGCUACAGCCAGGGGAACCUCCACGACCCGACCUACGAGGACGUCUGCACCGGCGCCACCAACCACAACGAGGUCGUCCGCGUCCAGUACGACACCUCCGCCUGCAAGUUCGACGACCUCCUCGACGUCUUCUGGGCGCGCCACGAUCCCACCACGCCCAACCGUCAGGGUAAUGAUGUAGGGACCCAAUACAGGUCAGGUAUCUACUACUACACCCCUGAGCAGGAGAAGGCGGCAAGGGAAUCUCUGGAGAAGCAGCAGAAGCUUCUAAACCGGACGAUUGUCACUGAGAUCCUUCCUACAAAGAGGUUCUACAGGGCAGAGGAGUACCACCAGCAAUACCUUGAGAAAGGCGGACGCUUUGGGUUCGGGCAGUCUGCGGCGAAGGGUUGCAACGAUCCCAUCCGUUGCUACGGGUGAAGCCCAAGUUCAAACCAGAAUGUCACAUAAGAAUAGUGCAUGAAUAAGAAUCCAUAAAAGCCAGAUGAAAAUUAUGCAGUACCAUUUUCCUAGCUUUGUUUGUAUCAAUCCAUCGAUUGUAAGAGAUGAGAUGAACCUGCACCAUGAUACUUGCCGCUGAUUAUGUACAAACCACCUUAGAAAGCUUGAUAUAAUAUUAUCCUUUUCGUCGGUAA